CUUAAUUUGGAGGUGAAAAGAUGAAAUCAGAAAGAUUAUAUAACUGUGGAUUAAGUCAGUGCAGAAGGAUAAAUAAUGCAGAUUAUUAAUGAAUAUUUACUGAAAUGAUCUGACAGUUGAAAACUCCUCAUCAUCUCUAACUAAUCUAAAACAUUUCUUCCUCCUCCAGAGGUUUUAUCAUGAAAGCUGAUCAGUACAUUUAUCAGAACAAACUUCCUCCUUCCAACCAGAAGAAACUCUGAGAUUAAUGAAGCUACAUGUCAUCAGAGUUAUUCUGGAUUAAAGACAUUUUCUAAGAAUAAUUUACAUUUUUAAUAAAACUGAGGAGCAGGAUCUAUAUAUAGUUCAGUGUUUUAACAAUCAUUUGUUUCUUCAUAGUUUUGCAGCAAAUGUUUGAUAAUUAGCAGUAAAAUGAUCAGAACCAGGAGAUUCUUGUUUUUAUUAUUUUUACCGUUUUUGUGGGCUUAUUAUGAAGUGUCUGAGACCAGCAUGUCCUGUGUUCUCAACCAGGACUGCAUUUUACCAUGUCGGAUCAGGAACGAGAUUACUGACAUGAAAUGGUUUCUAUAUAAAACAUUGUCUCAGAUUGUAUCAUAUGACCAUCGUGGCUCCAGCUACUCUGAGAGCUUCAGAUCCAGAGCGUCACUGUUUGAGGAUCAGAUCUCCAGAGGAAACGGCGACCUGCUGCUGAGAGGAGUGAAGGUUGAUGAUGAGGGAAAAUAUGGGUGCACUGUAAAGAUAAAUGGCAGCUAUUAUAGUAAUCAUGUUGUCCUUACAGUAGAAGCUCCAGUCUCUGACAUCAGAAUCCAUCAGGAUGGAAACAGGAUCACCUGCAGCUCAGAGGGGAUCUACCCUCAACCUGAACUCACCUGGUCCACUGAGCCUCCAUCCAACACGACUCUGCAGAACAGAACCACAGUCCAUCAGACUGAGGAGAAUCUUUAUGACAUCAGCAGCUCUCUGACGGUUCCAGACGGUUCUGAUCGGAUCUACAGCUGCACCAUCAGAACCAGGAGGAACCAGAGGAGAGCAACUUUAACUAGAGCAGAGUCUGAGACCAGCAUGUCCUGUGUUCUCAACCAGGACUGCAUUUUACCAUGUCGGUUCAGGAAUCGGGUCACCAACAUGACAUGGGAGCGUGAAAAAUCUCUGAUUGUAAGUUAUGACCAGGGUAACAUCAGGUACUCUGAGAGCUUCAGAUCCAGAGCGUCACUGUUUGAGGAUCAGAUCUCCAGAGGAAACGGCGACCUGCUGCUGAGAGGAGUGAAGGUUGAUGAUGAGGGAACAUAUCGGUGUCAUGUAUUUACAACUGGGAUCUAUUAUAGACAUUCUGUUGUCCUUGCAGUAGAAGCUCCAGUCUCUACAAUCAGAAUCCAUCAGGAUGAAAACAGGAUCACCUGCAGCUCAGAGGGGAUCUACCCUCAACCUGAACUCACCUGGUCCACUGAGCCUCCAUCCAACACGACUCUGCAGAACAGAACCACAGUCCAUCAGACUGAGGAGAAGCUUUAUGACAUCAGCAGCUCUCUGACGGUUCCAGAUGAAGAUCCAGGUUUGAUCUACCGCUGCAUCAUCAGAACCAGGAAGAACAGGAGGAGAGCAUAUCUAAAUGAUCCAGACUUUGUAACCAGCGUGUCCUGUGUUAUUAACCAGGACUGCAUUUUACCAUGUCGGUUCAAGAACGGGAUUACUGACAUGAGAUGGGAAAGUGAAUAUCCAAAAUCUCUGAUUGUAUCAUAUGACCAUCGUGGCUCCAGAUACUCUGAGAGCUUCAGAUCCAGAGCGUCACUGUUUGAGGAUCAGAUCUCCAGAGGAAACGGCGACCUGCUGCUGAGAGGAGUGAAGGUUGAUGAUGAGGGAAAAUAUGAGUGCACUGCAAACAUUAAUGGCGUCUAUUAUAGACAUUAUGUUGACCUGCCAGUAGAAGCUCCAGUCUCUACAUUCAGAAUCCAUCAGGAUGGAAACAGGAUCACCUGCAGCUCAGAGGGGAUCUACCCUCAACCUGAACUCACCUGGUCCACUGAGCCUCCAUCCAACACGACUCUGCAGAACAGAACCACAGUCCAUCAGACUGAGGAGAAGCUUUAUGACAUCAGCAGCUCUCUGACGGUUCCAGACGGUUCUGAUCGGAUCUACAGCUGCACCAUCAGAACUUAUUUGGAGUUUGUCGGGACAAAAUGGUGGAGAGCAACUUUAGCUGAACCAGGAGCUGAAGUUACAAUCUGCUGCACAUCUUCAGAUUAUUAUGGAACCAGUUUGGUCUGGAGGUUCAACCACCAUCAGAUCAUCCUGACCAAGACUGACAGAAACAUCUCCAACAUCUCAGAGGAGUGGAGGAAACAUGUGAGGAAUGUUUCAGCGUCCGGCAGCCUCACCUUACAGGAUGUGACCUCAGAUCAGGAGGGAGUUUACAGCUGUGAGCUCAGUGGUGGUGAGGAGACGAUUAUAACUCACCUCUAUCUGAGGAGGACUGGAGAGAAUCUGGUGGUUCCUGAACUCAUCAGACGGACGGUGGUUUGUGUUGUGAUUGCAGCAGCAGCAGCUGGAUUCAUAAUGUUCUACAAGAAGAAAAUGGAGGAAAGUGAAGCUCUGCAGCUUUAACCCUUUCAUUCACAUUCAGAGAGUGGUUUUGUUUUAAUGCCAUUCUCACAUUUUACCCGUCAAGAUGAUUCAUGAGCUUUGAUGUAGUUUCACAAAAUGAUCAGCUCUUCAUGUUCUUCAGGUGAUUCUCAUGUUUGGAGACAUUUCUGUUUUUAUUUUUAUGAUGAUUUCAUCUCCUGCCCAGCAGGGGGCGCAGCUAAAUAUAUUCUUUAUAUUCUACCAGCUAAACUUUCUCAGAACUUUAUCAAUAAAAUGUUUAUUUCUCUUUAUUUUUCUAGAAAGCAAAUAUUUUAUUACAUAAAUAACUGAUAUAUGAGCUUUGAUGUAGUUUAACAAAACAAUUAGUUCUUCAUGUUCUUUUGUUGUUUCUCACAUUUGUAAAUAUUUGUUGUUUUUUUCCUAAAUAUGAUGAUUUUAUAGUUUCAUCUCCUGCCCAGCAGGGGGCGCAGCUAAAUAUAUUCUUUAUAUUCUACCAGUUUCUCAUAAAUGAAUCAAUAAAAUGUUUAUCUCUGAAGAUUUUUUCCAUUAUUUCUUAUGUU